GUGAAUCCUCCAAUUUUCGUAUUAGAUGGGAAAACUAAUGAAUGCGUUCAUUGUGAAAUCGUGGAGCUCUAUCCACAUAAACGUCGUAUGGUUAUGGAUGGAAGUAUUCAAAAAGCAUGCUGA